CACCAGGUGAAGACGUGCAGUGCCAGCAUUUUCCUGAUUCGUGAUGAUUUUUUGUUCUCUUCCCCAGGUAGCUGUGCUGAGAGAUGGCAGAGCAGCGUCAGGACAUCACCAUGAUGGAGGAUCACGCAGCUGGCCAGGAGAAGCACAUCCCCUCAGGCUAUCCCCUUCAGAUACCAGUCGAUGAUGGAUCGGAUGAGCCUGUUUCUGAAACAUCUGACGCUAAGAGCACCCCAACUACGGAAGAUGCCACAGCACCUUUAGUGGAGGAAGGAGACCACGAGGAUCAGGGUGGUGUCGAACAGCACGGAGAGAUCCCAGAAGGAACCACAGCUGAAGAGGCGGGCGUAGGAGCCACCCCCAACCUGGAGGACCACGCUGCAGGAGACGCCGCUCAAGCUCCAGGCGAGCCGGGCACUCCAAAGCUUCAGCCUGGCCCUAAGGAGCCCGUGGGAGAUGCGAUAAAAAGAGAAAGCCAGCCCACAAAGCAGGUAGCCGGGGCUCUUCGGGAGCCUCCUCCGACACAAGAACCGAAGGCUGCUCCCACCAGGAUCGAGGUCACUAUCCCAAUCCCCCUGGAUAUGUACCAGGACUCCAGACCGCCUGAAGACGACGAAGUGUGGGAUCAUCGAGGCAGGGAAGGCAUCGGCGUGGAUGCAGCGCCGGGAGCAGAGCUGGGUGCUGAUGUGUGCGCUGCGGGGCUGGCAGGAGCAGGAGGCACGGCUGACCCCCGCGGUAAGGAUGGGCCAACGCCUUUGUAUACCAGAGCCCCGCUAAAAGAAGAUGCCAGCAGACGAGAAGGAGAUGAGGACCGUGACAUUGAUGAGACUUCUGAGCAGGAUUUGCCUUCCCUGGUGGGCCAGCGUGUUUCUCCGGGACUUGAAGUGGGUUUCUGUGUAGCGGCAACUAAGGAAGAAGCCCUUGAAGAAUUUCCCUUUGGAGAAGAGAAGUCCCACGAUGUCCUUGGGGACACACCGAGAGAGGCGGUUCCUGGUGAAACUGAAGCACGUAAAGCAGAAGAGGACCAAGAGGAAAGGAGACAGCCGGAGAGGGGGGAAAAAUACACAGAUAUUGCCCCACCAGAGCCUUCUGCAGCCAUCUCCCAGGCAGAAGCUGAGCCCAGGGAGGGAGAGGAUGCUGGACCCUUGCUGGAAACAACCAGCCUCCCUGCUCGGUCGGACGACGACACAAAAGACAAAGAUGCUGCUCUGGAAGAGGCUGUGCCGGAGGCUGGAGGACGCCGGACGCCCAGGAAGAAGCCGAGCGCCCCCGCUGCAGACAAAGCAGGCAGCCGCGUUCCCCUCCUGAAAGCUCGUAUCGACAGCAAAGACAAGGAAGGGGCUGAAGCUGAGGAAAAGAAACCGAAGAAAUCCUCACCUUCCACCGCCAACCCCCCAGGCGAUAGACCCUCCAUCCCCCCCCAUCGACACACCUCCUCUAGCACAACCCCUCCGAAAACUCCCUCCAGCCCUGCUUCCACCUCUAAACGAGUCUCUUCUGUCACAUCCCGACCUGCCAGUACAGGAACGCAGGAAACAAAAGCCAAGGGCCCGGAGAUGAGAGGUGGCACGAAGGCGGCCACGCCGCGCUCCGCAGCCGGGCAGGCUCAGAGGAACUCGGCCAACGCCACGCGCAUCCCAGCAAAGACACCCACGGCCCCCAAGACCCCUCCCAGCUCCGGCAGAAAGGAGCAGAAAAAACCACCUCCUGCAGCAGCAAAGUCUGAGAAAGGUGAGCAGCCCAAGUCUGGAGACAGAAGCGGUUACAGCAGUCCCGGCUCCCCCGGGACUCCAGGCAGCCGUUCCCGCACUCCUUCUCUGCCCACCCCACCAGCCAGGGAGCCCAAGAAGGUGGCAGUGGUUCGCACCCCGCCGAAAUCUCCUGCGUCUGCCAAGAGCCGCAUCCAGCCCUCAGCUGCGCCCAUGCCUGACCUGAAAAACGUCAAGUCCAAAAUCGGCUCCACCGAGAACCUGAAGCACCAGCCCGGAGGUGGCAAGGUGCAGAUUAUUAAUAAGAAGCUGGACUUUAGCAGCGUUCAAUCCAAGUGUGGCUCAAAGGAUAAUAUCAAACACAUCCCAGGAGGAGGCAGUGUGCAGAUUGUUAAUAAGAAGUUGGACUAUAGCAGCGUUCAAUCCAGGUGUGGCUCAAAGGAUAAUAUCAAACACGUCCCGGGAGGAGGCAGUGUCCAAAUCGUCUACAAGCCGGUCGACCUGAGCCACGUGACGUCCAAAUGUGGGUCCCUGGGCAACAUCCAUCACAAACCAGGCGGUGGCCAGGUGGAGGUGAAAUCUGAGAAACUGGACUUCAAAGAUAAGGUGCAGUCGAAAAUCGGGUCCUUAGAUAACAUCAGCCACGUUCCUGGAGGAGGAAAUAAAAAGAUUGAGACUCAUAAGCUGACCUUCCGCGAGAACGCCAAAGCCAAGACUGACCACGGCGCCGAAAUCGUCUACAAGUCCCCCACCAUCUCCGGAGAUGCCUCCCCGCGCCGCCUUAGCAAUGUCUCCUCCACCGGCAGCAUCAAUAUGGUGGACUCCCCCCAGCUCGCCACGCUAGCUGACGAAGUGUCCGCUUCGCUGGCCAAGCAGGGCUUGUGAUCGGGGCACGGCGGGCAAAGAUGAGAGAAGACAAGGAAAAAAAAAAAAAAACAAAAGAAAAGAAACAAAAA